AUGGCUGCAUCACUUGUAGGUGGAGCUCUUCUCUCUGCUGUCUUCAAUGUGUUUUUGGAGAGGUUAACGCCAGAACUGGCUGACAUGAUCAACUUCAUUUGUGGAAAGAAGCUGGAUGACAAGUUACUUCAUCAUUUGAAGCCAUCCUUGAUUGCUGCAAGAGCUGUGCUCAGAAGGUUUCUACAGCCAUCAAAGGGGAACAUGGCUUUAGAAGAUGCUGGUCAUGAGUACUUUGAAGAUUUAACUUUGAGAUCAUUCUUUCAACCUUUACCUAUAAGUGAUUUGCACUUUCUUCUUAGUUACAAAACUAGAGAUGGGCCCUUUGUGAUGCAUGAUCUCAUUCAUGAGUUAGCACCUCAUGUUGCUGGAGACUUUUACCUUAGAUUAGGGGAGAAGGGAAACAAAAUUGGUCAUAAGACACGCCAUUUAUCUUGCAACUUUCAAAAUUAUCCAUACUUAGACCAUGAUGUUUUGCAAAAGUCAAAAGGCUUGCGAACAUUUAUAGGAUUGAAUUUUUCCUACAUUCCUAGAUCUAUUGGAAAUUCUUCUCACAUUUUAUUAUCAAAUCUGAAGUGCUUGCAGAUGUUGUCACUUCGGGAUUUGUCUGCCUUAAAAAUACUUCCUGAGUCAAUUGGGAAAUUCAUCCAUUUGCACUAUUUGGAUUUGUCAGAGACAUGUGUUGAAAGUUUGCCUAAUUCGAUUGACACUCCUCUGAAAGCAAUGCCGAGGGGAUUGGGUAAUAUAAAAGAUUUGCAGUUUCUGAGUGACUUCGUUGUUGGCAGAGAGCAAGAGGCUAGCAUUGGAGAAUUGGGAGAAAUUUCAAAUUUGAAGGGUAUAAUUAAAAUUAGUAAAUUAGAGAAUGUCAAGAAUGGAAAUGAAGCCUGUGACGCGAGAAUGAUGGAGAAGAAGCACAUUAAAAGUUUAACAUCAUCAUGUGCAUGGUAUGAUGAUGUGGAAGAUACCAGGACUGAGAGAGAUAUUUUGGGCAAUCUUCAACCUUAUUGCGAUUUAGAAGAAUUGGAAAUUCAUCAUUAUAGGGGCACAAUAUUUCCAGAUUGGACUGCAGCACCCAACCGCUCUCCAACAUCUAAAGAUCUUGCAUUGUCCCAAGCUGGAGAAAAUGUCAGGAGAAAAGCUGCCUGCUUCUUUAAGAAAGCUUCACAUUUGGGAGUGUCCGUUGCUUGA